CCUGUUUCAAUCACAUUCAUCUCAACUCUGUCCUAUUACGAAGCAAUAUGUUCAAGGGAAUAAUUUUCUUAGUUUUGUUAGCUGGAGCCAAUUGCAGAUAUGUGUUAGUCGAUGUACCGACGCUGAGCUCGGAGGAACUGGGGUACCUGAGAGUGAGACGAGAUACAUUGGCUUCGAAGACGCCUUUCGCCGGCAAUGAUGAAAGGCAGUUGAGUCAAACGGUGUCCAAAACCUAUAGCCCUGACGGUAAACUGACCUCCUAUUCUGGUGGAGUGGACUUCGAUACGGCUAAUGGUCACGGAGUAAGUUUAUCAGCUAAAGGAAUCCCAGACUACGGCAAGCAGCUCACAGCAGCCGGGAGAGUUAACUUAGUGAACGCCAAUGAUCAUAAGCUGGAUGCUGGCGCCUUCAUCACACGAAACUUUCCGAAUACACACGAGCUGCCGAAUCACAAUACGUUUGGUGGUAAUCUUGAUUAUAUGUACAAGGAUAAAAUAGGGGCAGGUUUGAGCGCAGCCCAUACAGACCUAUUCCAAAAGACAGAUGUCGCAGCUCUGGGCAAAUUCAACCUCUACCGUGACCCGACCUCCUCCUUGAACUUGAAUGCUGGUGCCCAACGAUCUUUCUCCCCUUUCAUACCUCGUAGCAGCUGGGAACCAUUCGUUGGCAUUAACUAUAAGACAACCUUUCCAAAUAUGUAAAAGAAUAAUUGCAAUUUUAUAAGGUUAUAAAUCAAUUGGUAUAUAAAAUAAAUUGUUGGAACCAA